AUGAGUGAUGAUAGACAUUAGGCAACUACUCCAAAUACAAAUUUCGUAGUUUUGAAUACUUCUGAUCAAGGAAUUAGCGAAAAUGUUAUAUUGAAAACAUAGAAAUCAAGAUCAAAAAUAUUAAAGACUGUUUAUUCUAGAGAUUUGAUCAGAAAGAAAAUUGUUGGUUGUAGAAUAUAUACAAAUGAGAUAGUUGAAACAAUUCAAUCAGAGCUUAAAAAAAAUUGCAGAAUCUGCAUUUAGGAUGAAGAAUCUUCACAAUUCAUUUCGCCAUGUAAAUGCAAAGGUUCCGCUUAAUUUGUACACGAGGAAUGCUUAAAAAUGUGGAUAUUAGAAUAAUUCGGUGUAAAUAAGAUAUACAAUAAAAAUUUAAUUUGUGAAAUUUGCAAACAUAAAUUAGAUUACAGAGUAAACUUUGUUGAUCGAUUUGAUAUUUGUUAAUUUAAGAAACUAAAAAGGACAACUAAGUGCUGCUGGAUAAUAUAACUAGUGUUUAUAGCACUUUGUAUUUAUGCUUCAAUUUCUAUCAUUUCAAGAUUCGGAAUCAAUUCAUUAUCUACAAUAUCUAUAGUAGUAGUGAUAUGCUUGAUACUCCUUGUGAUAGCAGUCAAUCUCUGUUUCAGUGUUAUACAAGCGCAUAAAGUGGAGAUGAUUGAGAAUUGGCAAUUUCAGAAUUAUAAACCCUCAAAUAGAGCUUUACAUGGCAAACGGCAAAUCCCUAGCAAAUUUUUGAGAAUGAAUCAGAUACAUUGUCUUUGA